CUUACUUCAAGAUUUUGUACUAAGGUGUGAGAACUCAAAAGCCCUUUAAGUUGCUAUCUCUCCCCCUUUUCUUUCUUUCUAAAAUGGCUAUUCCAGCAGUGCUUCCAAUGGCUUCCCUAGUGUUCUUCUUCUUCAUUAGCUUAUGUCUAAGAACUGAAGCUUAUGGCAGCGGGUGGCAGUCGGCUUUCGCCACUUUCUAUGGCGGCGGGGAUGCUUCAGGCACUAUGGGGGGUGCUUGUGGGUAUGGAAAUCUAUACAGCCAAGGCUACGGCACAAACACAGCAGCACUCAGCACAGCUCUAUUCAACAAUGGCCUUAGCUGUGGAGCUUGUUUUGAGAUAACAUGCUCCGGUGCCCAGAAAUGGUGCCUAAGGGGAACCAUUAAGGUCACAGCUACAAAUUUCUGCCCUCCUAAUCCAUCCCUCCCCAACAACAAUGGUGGCUGGUGCAACCCCCCUCGCCAGCACUUUGAUCUGGCUCAGCCUGCAUUCUUGCAGAUAGCCCAGUACCGAGCUGGAAUUGUUCCUGUUUCUUACAGGAGGGUUCCUUGUGUGAAGAAGGGUGGAAUAAGGUUCACUAUCAACGGCCACUCAUACUUCAAUUUGGUGUUGGUUACUAAUGUGGCUGGUGCAGGGGAUGUCCAUAAAGUAUCGAUCAAGGGAUCAAAAACAGGAUGGCAAUCCCUGUCGAGAAACUGGGGCCAGAACUGGCAGAGCAAUGGGUAUCUCAAUGGCCAGAGCCUCUCAUUUCAGGUUACUACCAGCGAUGGUAGGACUAUUACAUGCAACAAUGUUGCCCCUGCAGGUUGGCAGUUCGGACAGACAUAUGAGGGAGGACAGUUUUAAUUACAUUGGGUGAUAUUGAAUUAUAGACAUGAACAUUAAAAGAUUGAGUUGUAUUUGGAUGUGGGAAUUAUGGGUGAGUAUGUAGGUAUGGGGGAGGCUAAGGGAGCUGUGGUGGCAGGUUUGCACCCGCUGAAGCCUAAUAUGUGUAUGUAUGGUAGUAACAUUAUAGGUUUCACUUUUUUUUUGGAGAAAUUUUCUUAUUCAAGAGAUAUUGGAAUUAUGUAUGGCUAAUAUUGGAUGAGCCAUUACAAAUACCAUAUAGUGAAGGUUGUAGAUUUCUUCCCUACUCCAGUGUAAACUACUGAGUAAGGGUACCUUAAUGAAGUGUGUUUUAUGUUGCCCUUUUGACUAA